AUGUCAGAUAGGAAGGAGUGGGAAGGGGUACGAGACACGGGGGGCCCAACACUCACAGCCCGGCGUAACAGAGGGAUGGAGAGCAGGUCUGCAGGAGAAGAAGAGGGCUGAUGUGACUCCGACUCACUCUGUUCUUUCUUACUUGAGCCUUACGAGCCCUGUCUGCAGAUGCAACCUGUCUGUCAUCCCAUCCGUCCCAGUAAUCCCUUUUUUGUUGCAGCGUUUCCUCCAAGGAGGCUCCAGCAGGCAGAGGGGACUACAAUGACAACCUGGUGAAUGCAGCCGAGAUGGAGUAACACAGCAAGCACAACGCAGGAUGCGCAUCCCCGGCCCGACAAGGAAGAAGGUAGAGCAACCUGGCUGUUUUUCUGCUGUCGCAUGUCAGAGAUUUUCCGCGGUGCUGUGGAUUGAUCGUUUCCUUCAUCGCCCUCCUGCUGCCGGUGUCGGUGUAUAAUGGAGAGCUCCAAUGGCUCUGGCAGCGACACCAAACCGCAGAACCACCAGUUGGAGAAGAAGAGACUGAACCGAGCGCCUUCCCCGGCCAGACCUUUCCUCAAGGAUGUGCACUCUCGCUCCACCAAACCACCUGCCAUCGUACCCAAAUCCCCCAAACUCAAUAAGCAGCAGCAGUCUGCCUCAGUGCCCUUGGCCCAUCCGAACCGCAGCUCCAGGCGCAACACAACCGGGGCGAAAGAGAAACCAGCCACGGCAAAAAGUAACGUAAAGUCCUCUGGUCCGAAAAAGCCCACAAAGGUUCCCCAGCAUGCAGCAGCCGAGCCCAAAGCAGCUAGCAUCAAACCGGACAGCACCAGCAGUCCGAUCCUCGCCAAAGGCAAGAAGGCGAAACCAGCCUCGGGGUCCCCGGGCCCUCUCAGCCAUGGAUCCCCGAUCCGGGUACCGACCGCAGCGCUUCUCGGCCGGGUCAGCCAGACCGACAGCAGCUCAGACCUGUCAGACUGCCCGUCCGAGCCGAUGUCGGACGAGCAGAGGCUGGCACCGGCCGCUAGUAGCGACGCCGAGUCCGGUACCGGCUCCAGUGACCGGGAUCAGGUGGGAGGCGAUAAUCCGCUGCGGGCAGAAGCGACCGGAGCGGCUGCUGCUGCUGCUGCUGCUCCGUUGCGCACAACCGACGCUUCCUCCGCCAAGGGAAGCAUGUCUCAGGCUCAGCCCGCUCCGGGGGCGCACGGAGCGAAACACAAGCAGGAGAAACCCUCAUCAGGCGCACAAUUCAGACUGCCAGGCACCAGGGAUGUAACUGAGGAGGACCUGCAGCGGGAGGUGGAAGAUUUGAGAUCCGAAAACGACUACCUCAAGGAUGAAGUGGACGAGCUGCGAGCAGAGAUGGAGGAGGUGCGAGACAGCUACCUGGAGGAGGAGGUCUACCAGCUGCAGGAGCUGCGCAGGGAACUGGACCGCUCCAACAAGAACUGCCGCAUCCUGCAGUACCGCCUGCGGAAGGCCGAGCAGAAGAGCCUGCGGGUCGCACAGACCGGACACGUGGACGGAGAGCUGCUCCGUAGUCUGGAGCAGGACCUGAAGGUGGCCAAAGAUGUGUCGGUGCGUUUGCACAACGAGCUGGAGAGCGUGGAGGACAAACGCAGCAGGGCCGAGGAUGAGAACGAGCUGCUCAGACAGAAGAUCAUCGAGGUGGAGAUCUCCAAACAGGCGCUGCACAACGAGCUGGAGAGGACCAAAGAGACUGCACUGAGGAGACGAGGGAGCAGGGAAACAUUUAAAGACAAGAAAUCCACAAGUCAGGAGGACAGUGCAGACCUCAGGUGCCAGCUCCAGUUUGCCAAAGAGGAGUCCGGUCUGAUGAGGAAAAAGAUGGCGAAGCUGGGCCGGGAGAAGGAUGAACUGGAGCAAGAGUUGCAGAAGUACAAGUCAGUUUACGGGGACGUGGACAGUCCCCUUCCCCUGGCCGAGUGCUCUGGCGGCGGUCCUCACACCACCCGAGAGGCUGAGCUGCGAUUGAGGCUCAAGCUGGUGGAGGAGGAGGCCAACAUCCUGGGCAGGAAGAUCGUGGAGCUGGAAGUGGAGAACCGCAGCCUGCGAGCAGAAAACGAAGACAUUCGCUGUCAGUAUGAAAGAGACUGCUUCGGGCGGGAACCCUUCUCCAGCAUGCCCUCCUCGCCAUACGGUGGGGAUGCGCUUGAUUCUGCAAGUGAGCUACGCCGCCAUCUGCAGUUUGUGGAGGAGGAGGCUGAGCUGCUGCGCCGCUCCAUCUCAGAGAUCGAGGACCACAACCGGCAGCUGACGUCUGAACUCAACCGCUUCAAGUUCGGCCCCAGCAGCAGCUCCGUUGGCGAGGACGGCAGUGAGGGAGGAUUGUUCAAACCUGGAAAUGGAGGGAACGGGAAUGGCUCCAGCAGCGGGAUGAUGAUGGAGGAGCUUAAAUCAGCCAGGAUGCAGAUCAACGAGCUGAGUGGGAAGGUGAUGAAGCUGCAGUACGAGAACCGGGUCCUCAUGUCCAACGUCCAGCGAUGCGACCUGGCUGCACACCUGGGCCUGCGCACCGGCAGCCCUCGAGACAGCGACGCCGAGAGCGACGCAGGCCGGCGGGAAGCUGCUGAAGAAGAGGAAGCGGGCCGACUUCUUCUCCUCCAGCCCAAGAGGGAGGGCCCUAUUGGGGGCGAGAGCGAUUCUGAAGACCUGUUUGAGAAAACGACAACCACCUCAGGGUUCGGAAGCAUCAAACCCUCAGAUGGCAGCGAGCUCAGCGCCACUGAACUGGCCAACCGCAGGAGGGAAGAGCGGGAGUCGUUCAGCAACGUGAAACGUGAGGCGGACAGGCUCGGGAAGACGGUGGACCGUCUGAUCACGGACACCGACAGUCUGAUCUUUGAGGGCAGGCUGCUGGUGACGACAGGAGAGAGCCUGGAAGGAGGGGCGGCGCCUGGAUCCAAACCAGACACCCAGGUCCUGGACACCAUCAACACUCGCAUGAAGGCUUUCCGCACCGAGCUACACAUCUUCAUGGAGAAGCUGGACCAUGUUGGGGAGGGGCUGAGAGAAAGGACAGACGAUCUGUCACCCAUGCCAAACCUCACUGAGUCCAGCAGCUUCCUGUCCACAGUCACAUCCAUGUCCCGGGACUCUCCCAUUGGCACCUUUGGAAGAGACCUGGUGACGGACUUCCAGCUCCGGGACACGCCGGCUUCUGACAUCCAGUUUCGUCUGGAUCACGAACGCAGGCUGAGAGCGUCGACGGAGGAGCGGGAGGCUGUCUUGUCUCUGCCUCAGCAGGAAGACGAGCGUCUGCGUCUGGAGGCCCAGCGUGGAGCUCUGGAGCUGCAGGGACUUCAGACUCACGAGGUGCCCUGGCCUCAGGAGAGAGCCAUGCUGCAGCAAGAGGUCCGCCUCUUCAGACGCAACACCAUCAUCUUCUACAUGAAGCUCAGGUGGAUCCUGGUGCACUGGAGGCUCGGACGCAAGGUCGACACCGGAGAGGAGCCAACGAACCCGGAGUUUGAGAAGUUGGAGGGCAUCCCAGAGUUGGGAGUGAUAAUGGAGCAGACGGAGGGGGAGGCGGAUCGAGACGACAGACUGCGUUUAUCACAAACUCCGGGGGACGUCCCCGACCACGGGCCCAUCAUCCCUCUGCCCUCACCUGACCGACACCUGCAGCAUCAAAGACAGUUUGGGGAGAACCGGCAGGUGCUGCAGGCCCUGCGGACGCUGCUGGAGGAGUUUCGGGAGGAGCUGCGGGAGGAGGAGGCGCGGCGGUGCCAACUGCAGCAGUCCUACGCCAAUGACAAAGCCGCCUGGGAGGUCAAGUGGGCAGAGAUGAAGUGCCAGUUCGCACAGCUGGAGGAGGAGGCACGAGGAAACGUGCGUGGCGAAGCUCAGGGAGGCGAAGGGGAGUUGGCGGAGGACCCCGAGUGGGCCCUGAAGCUGGAGCGCGAGGAGCACCAGCGUCUGCUGGCUGACAGCCACAGCACCUCCCUGGACCUCCGCUGGAAGCUGCAGCACGGAGAGAAGAGGUGGAGCCGCGAGAGGGUCGAGCUGCUGGAGCACUUCGACCGGGAGCGGCAGGAGUGGGACGGCAGCAUGAGGGAGCUCCACCGCAAGAUGGAGAGGAUGCAGAGAGAGCUGAACAGCCGGCGAGGAGAAGGCAUCGACGUUAAAGACGGCUCAGACCUCAGAGGUGUGUUCUCUCCCCAGGACAGUCCCUGCAACGCCCCCCGGUCCCCGCGAUCCCCACGCUCCCCCUGUACGUCCACGCCCAUCCCUGCCCCUCCCAUGCGCUCCCACUCCGACUCAGAGGCCAUGCUGGAGGAGCAGGGCGCCGCCAUGAGGCUGAAGGGCCCGACGGAGAACCUGUUCCUGGACGCGCUCUCUCUGGACCCCCUCAGCGGCCUGGAGGUCCCUCCACCCUCCAGACUGGAGAGUGAGAAGAGGUUCCCAUGCAUGAAGGAGGCCCUGAAUGAGCUUUCAGAGAGAGAAGGUGAUCCUGAGGACCCAGAUGACGAGAUGGGCGGUGGGAGUCUGCUCAGAGCCAAGUCCGUGUGCUCCAUGAGCGACUUCCAGCGGUUAAUGGACAGCUCGCCGUUCCUCCCCGACAAGACUCGCCACGGUGAUCUGGGCCAAGACGACGUCACCCCGCCUCUGUCCCCAGACGACCUCAAGUACAUUGAGGAGUUCAACAAUAAGGGCUGGGUCUUCCCGUCAUCCGCCUCUGGCCCCGAUCCCGCCCGGGAAGUAUGGACGGACAAACCUCCCGAGGCCCGGGGAGGGGAGCUCCUUCUCGAACCAUUCCAGCCAGCCUCCUGGUUCCUCACCACCAGCGCCACCCUGACCACCAGCACCCUGAGCAGCCCCGAGCACUGCCACAAGUCCCCACUGAGGGGCAACGGAGCAGGGGCAGGGGGGGUGGGAGUGGAGCACUUUGCUCACAUGCUCCACAGCCCCACCAGAACUGGGGCAGCUGAGCGCCCCACUGCCCAAGACCCGGACUUCCUGUACGCCAAAGGGACCAAAGCCAGGGGCGGAGGAGAGGCUGGGGUGGGAGCCAGCGGGUCAGACGAGGUGUUCAGCAGCGGGCGGUGGGCGUGUGGGCUCCUGGAGGGUGCAGGGUUGAGGACUUCUCCAAGUCAGUCUCCUAUCUGCCCCACUGUGGGCUACACCUCCUCUCUGGAGCUUCAGCUCGCCAGAAACAUGAGUGAUGACAUGAAGGAGGUGGCCAUCUCUGUGAGGAACGCCAUCCGUUCACCGCCAGGGCCCGUGGUACGGGACACCGCCUGCCAGACCAACGGGUUCACCACGAGAGGCACUCAGACGACCCAGACCAUCAGUGUGGGUCUACAAACAGACCUGUUGAGGAACCUGACCAGCAGCCCCCACCGCUGCCUUACCCCGAAAGGUGGCGGCACGCCUAUUUCUUCCCCGUCACGCAGCAUGAGGAAGGUCCAGUACUCGCCUGUCGUUCAGAGUAAGUUUGAGCGACCCUGCUGUUCACCAAAGUACGGCUCACCCAAGCUCCAGCGCAAACUGUCCACCUCCAACAAGGCUGAGCUCCCCAACACCAGCCGCGCUCCCACUCCCACCACGCCACAGAAGGGCAACAGCGAGUCGGCGUGGGCUCGCUCCACCACCACCCGCGACAGCCCCGUCCACACCACCAUCAACGACGGCCUCUCCAGCCUCUUCAACAUCAUCGACCACACCCCCGUGGGCUACGAGGCCAUGCAAAAGUUCAACAAGUCCCCGAGUCGCUCUCGCCCCACGCCUCCCUCCACCACAGAGCCCAGCCCCGCCCACGUGGCUCUCGCCACAGACCCCAGGAGCGAGUGCUUGCGUAUUGCACGCGGCCGCUCGCCCAGCCCCGUGCAGCUGAUAGUGGAGACGCAGGGGGACAAAAACCCAGAGGUGGUGAGCAUACGGCAGGACCUGUCGGCCCCGCCGGGCUACACGCUGGCUGAAAACACGGCCCGCAUCCUUAAUAAGAAGCUGCAGGAGCAGAGCUUUAGAGAGGAGAGGAGGCUGCAGGCCGGAGCACAGAGCGGCCACAGCAGAGACAGCAGCAGGCAGGCCGACUCAGACAGAGGACAGUCUGGAUGUAUGGAGGACCUGCCUCGCUCUCCGGUGGCUCCACCCCUGGACUCCUGCUUCCUGAGACCGGCUCGCCCUGCCAACCGCCGCCCACCAUCACGCUGGGCCGCCCGCUCCCCCUCCUCCUCCCCAAAGUGGAGCGAGGGCACGAAGAGGAGGUUCACCUUCCCGCCGCCGGGACACCGGAAGACCAUCCUGGAGGGCGAGGAGCCAGCGUGAGGCCGUCCUCUACCUCCUCUCACCCUCCUCCACCUCAGCCUAAAAGACCCAGUACCUCAGAGACCCCCCUCCUGAAUCUAGAGACUCCUCAGAGACAGAGCGUGAAGCGGGGGGGUCGGGAUCCACCAGUAGCACCAGCUGACCAUCGAGGAACCAGAACUUCUCUUUAGAAGAACCUGGAAUGUACUGUAAUAUCAUGAAAAAAAAAAGAUUUAAAAACUACAUUUCCAUAAGAGGUGCCUGCACACACUUGAGUUAAUCAUCACCCCACAUGUGUCUAUAUGUAUUUAAUACAUAUAUUUAUAUUUUAGCCACAAAUCUGAACCUUUUUCCAGGUGAAAACUGUAGGUCAGCUGUUGCAUUUAUAUAAAGUUUACACCAUUUGUUUCUCAUCUGUUUACACUUUUCUUUCUUUUUUUACGCUUAUCCUGCAUCAAUUCAUGUUCAAACUAUUAUUUUUAAUAAUCUUCUGUUUUUUUCUUUCUUUUUUUUCUGUUGCCAGCAUUUUAAGCUUAACUUUUCUGUUUUAAUUUCAAGGAGAGAAACGACACAAGCAAACAAACAAACAAAAAACUACUUCUGCUUCAUCGGGUCCGAAGCGGAGACACAUGAUGUCAUUUCUGAUGCUAAUGUAUUUAUUUUUAGGUGGGGAUGAAUGUUUGGGCUCUGUAAACGUGUAGAAGAAGGGCGACCAACAAACUAAAUAACCUUAUGCAUAUUUUGGAAGGCAGUUGUACGAAUAUCAGUCCAAUAUUUGCAUGCCUUUUGAACACUAGCACUUUAGUGCAUGUACAUACGAGCUCUAGUCAUUUGUGAUCACUCGGCUCCGCUGCGGAGGAAAAAGAAAACACUUGUCGUGAUGGGAUGAUGUUUUUUGUUGUCACAUGAUUUGCAUUGACUAAAAUAAGAAGAAUUUUUAAGUGAAUUAUUGUACCUACCAGGCUGUCUUUGUACAGUUGUUACUAUUGGAUAUGAAUAACUUUUUCUUUUGACAAGAAAAAGGGAUUGUGGAAAAAAAAUAUGAAUGUUUUAAAUGAAAAAGUCUAUGUCAAAAAAAGUCUAACGAUCUAUAGUCUUAUGUAAAUACUAAAUGGUAAUAAACAUGAAUGUGUAUUUACAAGA